AUGAAAGCACUUUUUGAUAAUCAUGCACCCAUUGUCGAGAAACGUGUCAAAGGUAAACCGUGCGAAUGGCUCGAUGACACUGUUAAGAAGGAAAUGAAUAAACGUAAUCAACUGCUAAGGAGAGCUAGAAAAUCGAACGACGAAAGCAUUUGGCGGGAAUAUAAAAAGCAAAGAAACAAAUGCAAUAACGAUGUUAAAAAAGCGAAAGCAUCUUACCAUCAUCGCGUUUUAAAUGAUACUCGCCUCAACCCACGUAAAUUUUGGAAAGCUAUUAAAUCAAUUUUCCCAAGCAAACCAAAUUCAGCUAAUUCAACUUCAAAUCAUGAUACCAUGCAUACCAAGGUGCAACAAUUUGGCCAUUAUUUUGCUAAUGUUGCUCGAGAAUUAAAAUCAAAAGCUUUUCCUUUGGUGAAUUUUGCUUGGCGUCAUAACAAUAAUACACAAGCUUUACGUACGAACGAAAUUUUCAAGUUUUCAUUCGUUUCUACAAUCUUUUUGAGAAAGAACUCCGAUCAUUGA